UAAGUCUUUCUUGUUCUUGUUUGACUCCGUUUUGUAUGGUUUAGACUUUGGUUUUGUUUUUGGAUCAACUGACGGGUGGAAUUGAAAUUUUACUAAAAUAUUAGCAGUUGAAAUUUGUAAAGAAAGGAACUUUCUUUUUAAUUAAGCUUAAAAUUUACAUGCUUAAGUUCAUACUAGAUGAGCCAUGCCCGACAUAUUAGGCGAUCAGCUUUUUUGUACCAACAGAAAUAGUGCUCCAUAUUAACAUUAAGAUUAAGAUACACAACUAAAACCAGGUAAUUUUUUCAUGAAAUGCAUAUAUAAUAGGACAAUUUUCUAGGCUAUUCAGUGUAUAUUCUAGCAAUAAGUUGCUAUAACCAGCUAGUCUCUGUCAUUGGUCCUUUGUUCUGAAGCUUAUGCCUUUUCUUUUAGAAGCCAAGUUUCUCAGGGAAUUCCAAACGGAGAUAUAGUUGGUGACGAAAAGGGAAGUUUCUGUGAUACGUCCUAUAUAUAUACGAUUCGGCCAAUUAACGUUACCAAGAAGCAUUAGUAGAUGUGGUGAUGCCAAUAACCUUUCAUGAAUAUCUUUAGUCUAUGAGCUACUUCUGUUUAGGUGCGUAAAUGCACCAGUUAUAUAUAGCAACAAAUUAUUGAAGAAGACAAAAAUUAACUUCUUGCAGCUGAAUAUUGAAGAUAUAUAACCUAUGUGCUUCCGAGAUGGUCUGCCGCAACUAUAAGUUAUUCUGUUGGAUUAACUUUGGACCUGGCUGUAUGAGUUCCCCGCACAACUUCUGAUUGUGCUCCUUUUUAUUAUUUCCUCUUUGUUCUAGAUUUCUAUGCAACAUUCCAUCCGUAUGUUAGUUUUAGGAAAGCUAUGUCACUUUAGCGUUAGAGGGGCACAAAUCAGAGAAACCAUAAUAUAAUUACAAGAGAUUAGAAAUUAUUGCAUAUGAGUAUCCAGUGAGACACUCACUACAGAAAAAGACUUUGGUUUUCAUGCGGGCCAUUCACAUGAAUUAUUAGUACUCAGUAGGAUUUUCUGGAAGUAUUUUUAUUUCUACCUUUUUUUGUGCCUAUCUCAAACUAUUACUUUGUAUCUCUUUCUCCACAAGGUUGUUAGAAAAGUCUUGUAUUCCAUACAUCAGAAUAAUUAAUACCUACAAAGGCAUGGUUAAACUAUAAUAAAAUGCUUAAAGUGGUGUUUGAAUCAAAUUUACGACAGAUAGUGUAAUCACAAAAGUUCUCUUGGCAUGACUAGGUAAGACUAGUGAGUUUGACAGAAAGGUUAUUAAAUUUGUAUUAGAUGGACUCCAUAGAAAAACCUUAUAUCAGCACAUUCCUAUUAAGUCAACUUAUGAAAAUUAUUUUCCAUGUUUUCUUAGUAGUGUCAAAUCAAUAGACAACAACAGUGGCAGAAUGCAAGUAAAAAUGGCAAAAGAAGUAUUUCUGUUAUAAUGAUCCUUUUGUAGUACAUGUUUUCAGAUAUGUGGACCACUUCUCACUGAAAGUCAGGUUCGUAGCAUUGUCAAUGAGAUAAAGUCCAAGUAUUUCCUAAAAAUAGAUGUGAAUAUUUGCACUUCAUCUCUUUAGUAGACAGCUAGAAUUUUUUCAUUUAUAAGGAACAUGUCAUUUAUUGAUACUUGCAAAGUCUUGUAAAUUUUGAUAAGCUUGGAUGUUAUUUAAAUAUAUGCAGAGACAAUUGAAAUAACAAGUUCAUGGCUUUCUUCCGGGCAUUCUGGAACAGUCCUGUUGGCCCUAAAACAACUCACUUCUGGGGACCUAUGGCCAAUUGGGGAUUUGUCAUUGCUGGAAUGAUGGAUUCAAGGAAGCCCCCAGAUGCCAUAUCUGGAAAUAUGACUGCAGUAUUAUGUGUGUAUUCCUUAUUGUGUAUGAGAUUUGCAUGGAUGGUACGUCCUCGCAAUCAUCUGCUUCUGGCUUGCCAUGUUUCAAAUGAGUCAGUGCAGCUCUAUCAACUUUACCGUUGGCUAAAGCAUCAGCGAUAAAUGUUUCCAUUCACAAGUUCAA